AUGAUUCCGGAGACGAUCACGAUGGCGAGGAUGAUGUGUCGGGUUCUCGAUCUAACGCAUUUCGAGCCGGCUGAAAUUGGUAUGUUGGCUAGAUGUUUUUGCGUACCUUUGGUUUCAGUUCGCGUUGGGAAGAUCAAGAAAGAAGGGACCUUAAUGCGUCCCACUACCGUAAGAGACUUGUGA